AUGGUUAGUUCAGCAGCGUCUCAGUGCGACAGUCAGCAGACGGACGACAUGGAGGUGAAAGUUGUGUUCAUGUGUGACUUCUCAGGGAUGCUUGUGUUCAUUCUGCUGCUGCGUGUUCACAACGUUGACGCAGUUUUUCGAAUCGUUCCGAACAGACUGCAGCUCUUUCAGCACGAGUCCGUCUCGUUUCUCUGUGAGGGACUCGAUAACUCGACUCAGUUGAGAGGAAUCAGGAACGCCGAGGGAUUUAUUUCAGUGUGCGAUGUUACAGAGGUGGUAUCCUGCACCAUUCGUAGAGUCUAUCUGACUGACAGCGGGGAAUACUGGUGUGAAACUGACGGAGGAGACAGAAGCAGCAGCGCCAACAUCACCGUCACCGCUGGUUCUGUGAUCCUGGAGAGUCCGGUUCUCCCUGUGACGGAGGGAAACAACGUGACCCUGAAGUGUAGAACCAAGAAGACGUCUUCUGAUGUGGCAGCCCAUUUCUACAAAGAUGGACUCCUGGUAGGGAGCAGCUCUGCAGGAGAGAUGGUCCUCCACAGUGUUUCUGGGUCUGAUGAAGGACUCUACAAGUGCAGCAUCUCCAGUGUUGGAGAAUCACCUCAGAGCUGGCUGGCUGUCAGAGAACUUCACAAAGAGGCGUUU